AUGGAUUCUUCACAAUUUCGUGAGUGCGCCAAUGCGACUAUAGAUUUAAUCAUCGAUUAUUUAGAAAAUAUUAGAGAUAGAAAUGUUUUACCUUCUGUGGAACCUGGGUAUCUCAUGAAGAUGCUUCCAGAAAAUGCACCAGAGGAGCCUGAAGAUUGGAAAACUCUACUUAAAGACUUUAGAGAAGCAAUUAUGCCUGGCGUAACGCAUUGGCAUUCCCCUCAAUUCCAUGCGUACUUUCCGACUGGAUCGUCAUAUGCCAGCAUUGUUGGAAAUCUUCUCAGUGACGGAUUAGGAGUCGUUGGAUUUACUUGGAUGGCCAGUCCAGCGUGUACAGAACUAGAAGUGGUGACAAUGAACUGGCUUGGAAAACUCCUCGGUUUACCUGAGGAGUUUCUUAAUUGUUCAGCGGGACCUGGCGGUGGAAUAAUACAGGGUUCCGCAAGCGAAGCAACACUUGUAGCACUACUAGCUGCGAAAGAUAAAAUGAUUCGAAGGCUAAAACAAAUUGAUCCAGAUAUAGACGAAGACUUAACAAAGACUAAGUUUGUCGCUUAUACUUCCGAACAAUGCAACUCUUCUGUUGAAAAAGCUGGAGUACUUGGCUCAAUGAAAAUGAGACUCCUUAAAAGUGAUCACAAUGGUAAAUUACGUGGAGAAACUUUGAAGCAAGCCUUUGAAGAAGAUAAAGCUCAAGGUCUCAUACCAUGUUAUGUCGUAGCCACAUUAGGUACCACUGGUACUUGUUCCUUUGAUCCUCUGAACGAAUUAGGAUCUGUUUGUAAAGAAGAAAACGUUUGGUUACACGUAGAUGCUGCAUACGCUGGAGCCGCAUUAGCAUGUCCAGAGUACAGACAUUUACUAAAAGGCAUAGAAUUUGUUGAUUCGUUUGAUGUCAAUGUACAUAAAUGGCUACUUGUACAUUUUGAUUGCUCGGCCAUGUGGGUCAGAGAUGGGUAUGACUUAAUCAAUGCUUUCGAUGUUCAGCGUAUUUACCUUGAUGAUAUUAAUGCUCCAGUGAAAAUCCCAGACUACAGACAUUGGCAAAUGCCAUUGGGACGUAAGUUUAGAGCACUUAAGCUGUGGACUGUAUUGAAAAUGUAUGGGGCAGAAGGAAUCAGAAAGCACAUCAGAAAUCAUAUAAGCCUAGCACAAUAUUUCGCAAAAUUAGUUCAGAAAGAUGAAAGAUUUAUUGUAGAACCGGAACCCGUUAUGGGUCUAGUUUGCUUUAGGCUUCAAAAGGGUGAUAAGUUAACUAAAGAAUUACUAAAGAAUUUAACAGACAAAAAGAAAAUUUUUAUGGUCGCCUGCACUUACAGGGGUCGAUAUGUUAUACGGUUCGUAAUCUGCUCGGCGUAUACAACCAAAGAGGAUAUUGAAGCUGGUUGGAACAUAAUACAGAGUGAGACUGAUCAGCUAUAUCCUCAUGAAUUAAAUGUUAAAUCUCAAUCAAUAACAACACUUGAUCAUUUAGAAACUUUAACCAUCUCAGAAAAAUCAAAA